AUGGGCUGGGAAACGCCGCUGAGGAACAGCCCCAGCCCUCCCAACAGCACCGGAGGCACGAUUGACAGCGAUAGCUGGGAUCCCCGGUUCAAUGAUAUCCCCUCUUCUGUUUCCCUGCCUGUCAAGAACAGAAAGAACUUUAGUCAGCUCAAGCGAGCGAAACCGUACAGUUCCCUGUUCCAGCGGGCAAAACCUGGCAACUUCUUGCCGGAGCGGAAGCAAAUUGAUAAGAUCAGGAAGAAGAAAAAGCUGAAGAGGAGAGAGACAGAGGUGUCUGCAGGGGAGGACUAUGAGGAGAAGCUGCUGGAGCUGGAGGCAGAGGACUCUUACGUAGAGACACCGAUGAGCCCCUCAUCUGAGGGUGACCCUCAGUCUGCGACCGAGCACUGCUCGGUUUGGGACUCUGACACACCAUCCAGUGUCUCCUACCCUGCCGUGACAGCCGAGCAGACGGUGGAGAUCCAGAGCGUGGGCAAACGAACGGUCAUUCGGCAGGGGAAGCAGGUGGUCUUUCGGGAUGAGGAUGGCACUGGUGACGAUGAGGACAUCAUGGUGGAUUCAGAUGAUGACUCUUGGGACCUAGUGACUUGCUUCUGCAUGAAACCUUUCGCCGGGCGGCCGAUGAUCGAGUGCAACGAGUGCCACACCUGGAUCCACCUCUCCUGCGCCAAAAUCCGCAAGUCGAACGUCCCAGAGGUCUACAUAUGCCAGAAGUGCCGGGACUCCAAGUUUGACAUUCGUCGUUCGAACCGUUCCCGGACGGGCUCACGCAGGCGCUUUCUGGACUAGGGGAGGGAGGCACGUGCUGGUGCACUGCUUGGGGCGGGUGGGUGAACUGUGGGCGCCGGCCGAGAGGCCAGGGAGAGCUCCCCCGAACUGUUGCUGCUGGUCAGGCUGAAGGGCUGCCUGGCCAGCAGGGACACGGAAUUGCCAAGUUGUGGACAGCCGGAGCUGGAAGAGGCCGACUGGUCAGAACUGCUGCUAGAUAC